CCUCCCGCCUCUUCCUGCCUGCCCUCACCCUUUGAAGAUCCUGAGCUCGCCUUACUUUCUCCAUAGCACCGAAGCGCGACAUACUGAGUACGGUGAACCCUCUGGUAGCAAAGUCGCCUUGUCCUAAGCGUCGAAAGGCGUAUCUUAGUUUGCGCGCCAAUACCUCCGCGACAGCCAUCCUUCACCAAUGUCAGCGACGACCGCCUUACCGAUGCCGGAGGAGCCUCGCCUUCCUCUGGAGCUACUCAUUAUGAUUGUGCACACCGUUCUCGCCGACAGCUUCCACACCAUAUUCAGCGUCGGGAACGAGGUUGAGCUCGAAUGGCAGCUGAACGUGAUCGCUACACUCUCCCUCACGAACUCGACGUUCCACACCAUCGUCGCGGAUAGCGUGAAGGAGCUCAUGGAUCUGAAGCCUACUCCAGCGCGAGCGUUCCACUCCCGCGAAUUUCUCGGUGACAUCCUCGCCCUCGGCCGGCAACAGCGCGACCCCGGCGCCCCCUCCCUCCCCGACCGCACCAAUCGCCGCUUCCUCUCCACGCUCCUCAAGGGCUACCAGCAGUUCGUCCUCAUCAUCGCCCUGCGCACCAUGUUCCACCGCCUCGGCAAGGCGAAGACGGAUAUCAUCCCCCUCAACCACCUGGUCGACCGCGUGACGGCGAAGAUGCUCGCGCAGCUCGCGAAGAUACGCCCCGGGGCGGUCGCGGAGCCGUUGAGGAGGAUGGCGGAGACGGAGAGGGGACUCAGUCGGAUAUUGACCAGGGCGACGAGCGCUUCGGAGACGUUACCUGAGCUCGUGCAGACUUAUAUCUGCUCGCCGUCUUCGGAACUCAUGACCGCGAUGCAGAAUGCACUUCGCGAGCUCGAGCUCUGUACCGAGGAUUACAGACACGCGAUGAAGGACUACCAGUACGCGUCCACUGUCGUGCCUUUCUUCCGGGUUUUCGGCAUCCCUGAGGACGUCCAAACCCUCGACUCACUCCCUGCUGUAUACGAUACGCAGUCACUUCUCGAACGCUAUGCACGUCUCAAACGGGCAUGGGAUGAGAUCGACCCUGGGACGGACCUGGUGUGUGUACCGUUGCCGGUUGGGUGAGGGGCUGGUUGGUGAGGGUCUGGUUGGUGAGGAGCCGGUUGAUGAGAGGCUGGGACUGCCCAUUAGUGUGCGUAGAGGCAAUGGGAAACCGCGAAGGGAAGGGUCGAUGUUCAGACCCUCUGUUUGAUGUAUCAUAGUCUCGUUCUCGCUUAAUUGGCAUUAGAAUUAGACUUGGGGAUUGAAGGUACUUUGAUAUACCCUUGGAAUGAAGAAGUCAUGGGC